GGAAAGAACCAAACUUCAUCAGCUAACAGGGGGUGAUCAGCUAGAAUCCACAACACACAGUAGAAUUAGGGCUCUCUGGGAACAGAUUAUGCAGAUCUGGGGGCUUUGGAGCCUCUGAACCCUUCGUGGAAGGAGGGAGAAGCACUCCUGGGCUGGCUGUGCCUCUGCGCUACCGCAUCAAUGCUGCGAGGAGCGGCGAGGGGGAGGAGGGCGGUGAUGUCAUUGCUCUGGAGCUGCUGCAGAAGAGUGGAACACUGCUGCUGCUGAUGGCAUUGUUUUUGUGGUGGCGGCUGAAUGACAGACUUUGCCUACAAAGAUCCCCCCUUGGCCCCUGCGUAGCCUUCUCGGAGCCGGCGUUCCACCAUGCCAGCACAGCGCCAUGAAUCCGGGCUGCAUGCUGCUGUUUGUGUUUGGCUUCGUUGGCGGGGCGGUGGUCAUUAACUCGGCCAUCCUGGUGUCGCUCUCUGUUCUGCUGCUCGUGCACUUUUCCAUUUCCACUGGGGUGCCAGCUCUGACGCAGAACCUCCCAAGGAUCCUCAGGAAGGAGCGUCCAAUAUCCCUGGGCAUCUUCCCAUUACCUGCAGGAGAUGCUCUCCUCACGCCUGAGGCUCAGAGGGAGGUGGCAGAAACACCGGCAGCAGAGCACUGGAAAUUCCACGAGCUGAGCCAGCCACGGUCCCACACCAGCCUCAAGGAUGAGCUCUCUGAUGUUAGCCAAGCAGGAUCCAAAUGUACUACUCCAGCAUCCACAGCUGCUUCAGAUGAUCCUGUGCUGCCUGCUGAAACCCCUCAAAAGGAAAAUGUUGAAGGGCUUGCAAAGAAUUAUCUUUUGCUGUGCCACAAAUGA